AUGGCGCCGCCACCUACCAUCAUCGAGCGCGAGGCGCCGGCUGUCGUCUCUCCCACACACACUCGGACGCGACGGUCGCGUCUGCCGUCCGCCCUACGCUUCCCCAUGCUCGUCGUACUGAACAUGGGCAUCAACGCGUUACUGCGAGAAUACACGCAGAAUUACCUGGAACCAGAGCUCGGAGCCAUCAGCAAAAUCCCGACGGUGGAAGAAGAUGUUCUCUCCGUCUACUCGGCACCAGCACGCGGUCUGAUGCGCGUCGUCACCGUCUGGAUGACUUGGUAUCUGAACUAUGACUUUCUCGACGUAGCCGCGCUCACCGUCCUCACCCAGGCACCAUACUUUUACCUCCUCAGCACCUAUUACGAAAUCUCGACGGUCACGGUAGCAGCACACCUCAAUAUCGACGUCCUCUCCUUUGCCAUCCCAACCUAUCUGCUUCGCCCACGCUCAAUCGUCCACAAGAGGGAUGCGCCGCUGCACAACCGUUACCUACUCAACAGCGUGCAGGUGCAAGUCUCCAGUGCAAUCCUAGCCACCGGGGUUUACGUGGUCGCACUCUGGGCUGGUCUCAAGACCGGUGUCCUCAAUGCAUUCCUCAUCCGCUACUUCGAUGUCAUAUCAGUCGAAUACUCGUACCUCGAGACCCCUGUGUCUGCUGCCGCCAAGGUCUUCGCCCUCGGCUUCGCCGUCAAAGAAUUCCUGCUCAACCCCUCGAUUGCAGCCGAGCCACCGAAGGGAGCUGAGUCGCCCACCGAAAAGUUCGAUGCAGCGGUUGCCACGCUUCCCCAGACUGUCAAACACAAUGUCUGGUACUUUGAUCGCAGGACUCGCACACUCAUCAUCCAGACCUUGAUCCUGAACGCAUUCGUCUUUGGCACGACGGUGCAGAAGGCCAUGACGCUCAACGGCACUGACAUCUAUGGCGCGGCGGGGUACGCAGGCCUGUGGGUGAUGGCGAAUACCGUGAUUGCAUUGUGGUUUGGCUGGAUUGGAGAUACGAGUGCGGAUUACGAGCCAUUGUAA